CAGAAGCCGAGAGCGAGCCUUGAUUCAAUUGUCAUUGUCGCAACACACGCCGUCGAGUAUCUCUUCAGGCCACAGCCCCUCCCGCAAGGCGCAAACGCUCGGAUCCGAACCAAGUCGUCUAAUGCUUCGACCAUGACGACGCACCACGACAACGACAACGACGACUUCUCCAACGUCACCUGGAGCGACCACGUCCACGACCAGGCCGUGCGUUCUGCUGCUGCCGCCGCUGUCGAGACUCCCGCGCGCGGCGCCAUGGACGAGGCCGGAAACAGCUCUUCGCAGGGCAUCGGCCGUGAGAAGCUCGAGUGCACCGUCGGGUCGCCCAUCAAGGAGAAUGACGGCACCAAGGACGCCUUUGUGUCGUAUCUCGUCACCACGCACUCUACGUUCCCGUCCUUCCAGAAAGAAGUCACCACCGUGAGGCGGCGCUUCACGGACUUUGCCUUCUUGUUCAAGCAGCUGAUGCGAGACUAUCCGGCCUGCGCCGUCCCGCCCAUCCCGGACAAGCAGCGCAUGGAGUACGUCCGCGGCGAUCGCUUCGGCAACGACUUCACCUCACGGCGCGGCCACUCGCUGCAGCGCUUCCUCAACCGCCUGUCGCUGCACCCGGUCCUGCGCCGGAGCACCAUCCUGCACAGCUUCCUCGAGAGCCCCGACUGGAAUGCGACGGUCAAGAGCCGCACAGCUCGCGGCAGCAUAACGAGCGAUCCUAGCGGCUCCAGCGGCGUUUUCGACAACUUUGCCGAUACCUUUAUCAAUGCCUUUACCAAGGUCCACCAGCCCGACAGGCGCUUCAUCGAGGUCAAGGAAAAGAGCGACAAGCUUGACGAAGACCUAGGCCACAUUGAAAAGGUCAUUGCCCGUGUGGCUCGUCGAGAGGGCGACCUGGAAACCGAUCUUCGGGACCUGGCGGAGCAGUUCCAGAAGCUCAUUACCCUUGAGCCCGGCAUUGAGUCCGCCGUUCACGCCUUCGCCGCUUCCAUCGAGGACACAGCAACCCAGCUCCAUCAGCUCAAGGAGGUUACAGACCAAGAUUACCUUGGUUCUCUACGCGAUAUGCAGGCUUACUCUCUCGCCCUCAAGAACCUGCUCAAGGCCAGAGAGCAGAAGCAGCUUGACUACGAGCAACUGACAGAGUACCUCAACAAAUCCACGUCCGAGAGAGACUCUUUACGCUCGGGCCACGGCGCUCCCAGCGGGCCGGGCGGCUUCAUCCGCGCCAAGAUAGAGGACGUCCGAGGCGUGGACCACGAGCAGGCCCGGCGCGAGCGCACCAGGAAGCUGGAGCUGAGAGUCGAGGAGCUCAGCACCGAGGUCGAAAACGCCCGCCUGACGAGCGAUCGCUUCGACGACGAGGUCAUCCGCGAGGUUGCCGACUUUGAGCGGAUCAAGCGCAUCGAGAUGAAGACGCAGCUCGGAGGCCUGGCCGACGCCCACGUCAAGUUCUACGGCGACGUCGCUGAGCUGUGGGAGACAUAUGUCAUGGAGAUGGAGAAGGAGGGCGUUGUUCCUGUAGCGUGAAAACUUUAUUUGAAAGUUUUCUCUUCUUUUUUUUUCGUGUCUGCAUGUUGGAGCUAAAAUACACUUUUGAUGGCGGGUUGGCUGAGGCGUGGCAUUUGGCUUGACUUGAACUUGAAGCGUAAAUAAUGAACGGAAGGGCGGUUUUUGAAGACAAGGGAGGGGUUCAAGGGACAGGCACAAAGAAGCGUGGUGCAUCGAGAGUUUUCGGGCGUUUGGGAUACUAUUGGCGGCGUUGUAAUAAAGAAGUGCUUAAAAAAACACACACAAGACG